AUGAAGUUUUCAAAGGUGAUAUAUGGGGCAGCAAUCAUUGAGGGGAUUGCCAGUGGUGUUGAAGGUAAAAAGAGUUCCAAUCGGCAGGGGAUUAGGAAAUACGACAAGAUCAGUCCCUCGUUAGCGGAAAUCAGGGCUGAUGCGGCGGUGGCGAAGACCAAUACGGAUACGUCUUCUGUGGAGGGUAAAGGGUUUAACAGGUUUCUUGUGAUUUGGUUGGAAAAUACGGAUUUCGAUAAGGCGGCUGGUGAUUCCAAUAUGAAGUGGUUGGGUGAGCACGGUAUAACGUUGAAUAAUUAUUGGGCGUUGACGCAUCCUUCGAUGCCUAAUUAUUUGGCAUCGGUUGGUGGAGAUUACUUUGCUGUGGAUGAUGAUAGAUUUAUUCGGGUUCCAGAAAAUGUUUCUACUGUCGUAGACCUGCUGGACACGAAGGGGAUCUCUUGGAGUGAGUAUCAAGAGCAUCAACCUUAUACAGGGUUCCAAGGGUUUAAUUAUUCCAAUCAGGAAACGUUUGCGAGCGAUUAUGUGAGAAAACAUAAUCCGUUGGUUUUGUAUGAUUCAAUUGUGAAUGAUGAUGACAGGCUAGCAAAUCUGAAGAAUUUCACUCAGUUUUACAAGGACUUGGAGGACGAGAAGUUGCCUCAAUAUGCAAUUAUCACGCCUAAUAUGACCAAUGAUGGACACGAUACCACCAUCAAGUUUGCUGCUGACUGGAGUAGAAGUUUCUUGGAGCCCCUGCUAUCUAAUGAGUACUUUAUGCGUGAUACUCUUGUACUGUUAACUUUUGAUGAGAAUGAUACGUAUACUUCAGCUAACAGGGUGUUUUCCAUUUUGCUUGGUGGUGCCGUACCUGAACAUCUGAAAGGCACUACUGAUGACACUUACUACGACCACUACAGUCAAUUGUCAUCUAUCGAGGCUAAUUGGGACUUACCACAUUUGGGGAGGCAUGAUGUAGACGCCAAUGUUUUCCAAUUUGUUGCUGACAAGAUUGGGGUUACGAAUGUCGACGUGGAAACGACGUACAAGUAUAACAAUUACACCUACAUAGGUUACUUCAAUGAUGUGAACAUUGAAUUCCCUGCUCCAAAUGUUACUGCAAUUAAUAAGAACGGUAAAGGAAUUCUAGACUCAAUCAAGGAGGUUUGGGAAAAGGAGUACGAAAAACAGGUGGCGGGCUCUUAUUUUACUUCAACAACUACUACUGUCACACCAAGCUCUCAUUCAACUGCUGAUAUUAUUGUGCCUGUGGAAACUGUGCUUUCGCAAACAGCAGAUUAUAAUAACGCUAAAGAUGCUAGUUCCUCGGUUACUAGUUCCUCAGUUACUGUUUUCUCGGUUGCUAAUUCCCCAGCAGGUGCAGCAUUUCAGCUGUUACCAGGCAUGCCUUUUUCAGUGCAACUCCUAUUUACAUUAUUGAUAGGAUUCGUUGUCUAA